UGAUUUAAUGAGAAUAAUACAAAAAGCCUGUAGUUCUUGGGUCUCGCCUGCAUGUCCGCUUCCGCUCGGCAGAGGGCGAUGGUGAGUCAAGCGACGCUGUUGCUGCACUGCGAGCUGCUUGAAGUCGCUGACGAAGAAGUGAAGGCAACAAUAUGGCGGGAUGCAUGAAAAUGAAGGAAGAGUUUCAUUCUGGAAACGUUAGAACGAGAGGCGUCGCGUUUAUUGUUUUGCUUUUUAUUCAACUUUUUGAGCCCACACUCGCUACACGCAGCAUUAUCGAUAUUAAAGAUGGACAAGCGGUGAGAUCCUUUGAAGCUGAACACUUUUGCUACAUCAACCCAACCCCUGCUCCUGGAUGGAAGGAGACCUGGACAAGGAUCCAAGUCAAAGUCUGGAGCGCCAAGGAGCUGAAGGUGAUGGUGGUAAAGGAUGAAGAGGAGCUGGAGGAGCUUGAACAUUUCAGUUUCUGGUCCAUGGUGCAGCACUGGAUGCACGAGAAGACUAACGAGACCACUGUGAGCAUCAGCCUUUUCAGCCAGAAGACCUGUUUCCGCGUGGAUCCUUCAGAUCACUUCGUGUCGUACACAGUCAAAUCCAGCCGAAAAUUUGACAUCUACCUGUUUGUGGUGUUCCUGGCUGGAGUCCUGCUGUUCUUCUUCGCAGAUAUACUCAGCAGGAGUCAGGUGUUCUACUACUCGGCAGGAAUGAGUACAGGCAUGAUAGCCUCCCUCAUCAUCCUCAUCUUCAUCCUGGGACGUUUUUUACCAAAGAAAAGUCCUUUCUACUUGCUGAUUGCGGGAGGCUGGUCCUUCUCUUUGUACGUGAUCCAGCUCGUGUUUAAGAACCUGCAGCUCAUCCUCAAAGAGCACUGGCACCUGGCUAUAGGCUACGCCACAGUCGUGGGGUUCGUCAGCUUCGCGGUGUGUUACCGCCACGGGCCGCUGGUGGAGGAGCGCAGUAUUAACAUCCUGUCCUGGACACUGCAGAUAUUCGGCAUGCUGCUGAUAUACGCUGGCACUCAGGUCCAGCAGGUGGCGCUAGCAAUCAUGGUGGCUGCUUUCUGCUCGAAGAACCUGGAGUACCCAAUAACCAUGGCAUUUAGUCUGUACAAGAAGCUGAAGCUGAAGCUGCACUGGAAACCGGAGCCUCGACGCCUGUUGACGGAGGAGGAGUACCAAAAACAGGCUGAGGUGGAGACUCAGAAAGCUCUGGAAGAGCUGAGGAAGCAGUGCAGUAGUCCCGACUUCAGCACCUGGAAAACCGUGUCCAGACUGCAGUCUCCCAAGAGGUUUGCAGAGUUCAUCGAGGGCUCUCCACAUCUGAUGCCCAACGAAGUCUCAGUCCAUGCUCAGAAGUACGGUUUGGGCGGAUUGCUGUUCGAGGAGGAGGAGUUCUCCACAGACGAGGAAGACGAGGGAGAAGCAUGGCGGACCGAGGAGGACGAGAAACCUAACGCGUCUUCGCCCUGGAGAAACACUGAGAGAAAGAAUUGAGAUGGGGAAAUAAACCGCAGCAGGUGCCUGAAGGGGUCCUGAGACUGUAGCGACGUGAAAGUGAAGAUGCAAAGCCAUACAUGAAGUAGGAUCCAAGAAUGCAGCAAUGAUUGUACACCAGCUUGGAGACAUUUCAGCGCCGAACUUCUUACUGUAAGAGUUUGGUUUUGACGUUAGAGGGAUGACCAGUGGAUUUGUUUUUCCUAAACAAGGGGUUACAGAUAACAUGAACACAUUCUGUGUUGUAAUAAACCUGAACCAUCAUUAUGGCUGAAGAGGAUCGGAGAUCAUUUGGCAGGUUGGUGACGUUCUCGUGUGUGUAUCACACACAUUUCCGGUGUGGUGUGUUUUUUUUUUUUUAAGUUUCAUUUUGUUGGUUUUAUACCACAAUCCUGUUGCAGGCAUAUUUUUGUUGAGGUUUUUCUUUUGUCGGGGUAAACGGUUUGAGAACUUUUUAUUUACUCCCUGGAGUGCAAUUUUUUUUUUUUUUAAAGAAUUAAAAUAAAAUAAUUUUUUUAAAAAAGAAUUGGGUGCAUUUUGUCCAAAG